GGAAGUCAAACAGACAGAGGGAGGCAUUUGUUCAGAGAAGCUGGACCAUUUAGGAGGUUGGAGGAAGAGGAAUCAGCUGCUUGCUAUGGAAUCCUCAGAAUCCAUUUGGCUUGACCCGCUCCUCCAAUUUAGGAUUUUGGCUAAAGGUAUUUGAUCACAAGACACAGACUGAGCAAAAUUAAAUGACAGCUGCUCCUUCCUCUAGUGUAACCCUGUCAUAUACUAAAGAUUUUGGAACCUCUGGGUGUCCAUUGUAAAUUGGUUGGCCUGCCUAGUGCUUGAUCGGCUGUGAAUGAGAUCCUGAGAAAGGCUCCCGGUGACUGAGCUUAAGGAUGGAGCCCCUGGAAUCAGUGACAUUUGGAGAUGUAGCCAUCGACUUCACCCAGGAAGAGUGGAGCCUGCUAGACAAGUCCCAGAAAAACCUGUUUAGAAAUGUGAUGCUGGAAACUGUCUCCCACCUGGUCUCUGUAGGCUAUCAGAUCAGCAAAUCAGAUGUGGUUUUCCAACUGGAACAAGGGAAAGAGUUGUGGACAGAAGCAGCAGGAGGCCUCCAAGGUCAGAGUCCAGGCAGUGAAAGUCUCUUUAGACAACAAGAAAUGACAUUAAUGCAAAGUGUCUACUGGAAGCACACAUCCCCAAUAAGGACAAUGCAGGUUUCUCACCCACAAGGGGAUCCUGCUGAAUGUGCUGAUUUGGGAGAUGAAGUUACUCCUACAUCUUCACUUCAAUAUUCAAUAGUUCCCUUCAGAAGCAAACAUAAUGUUAGCAAACAGCAUGGAAAAUCACUUAGUCAAGGGUCAUUCCUCAAUGGACAGGGUCACAUUCACACUAGACGUAAAUCAUGUGAAUGCGCUCUGUGUGGGAAAGUUUUUAAUAGAUGCUCUAGCCUUAGCAGACAUAAGAUGAUUCACACUGGAGAGAAACCAUUCAAAUGUCAACUGUGUGAGAAAAUCUUCAAUCAAAGAUUCUCCCUGAAAGUACAUGAGAAAACUCACACAGGAGAGAAGCCCUAUGAAUGUCAUCAGUGUGGAAAAGCCUUUAGUAGAUGUGCUAGCCUCAGGAGACACAGCAUGAUUCACACUGGAGAGAAACCAUUCAAAUGUCAUCUGUGUGGGAAAGUCUUCAAUCAAAAUUCCUCCUUGAAACAACAUGAGAGAACUCACACAGGAGAGAAGAGAUAUGAAUGUCAUCAGUGCGGCAAAGCCUUUCUUCAAAGUUCUGGCCUUAGUUCACAUAAGAAAGUCCACACUGGAGAGAAGCCACAUGUGUGUCUUGAAUGUGGGAAGGCCUUUACUCAUAGUUCAGGGCUUCAUGUGCACAAAAGAAUCCACAUUAAAGAGAAACCACAUGUAUGCUCUGUGUGUAGGAAGGCCUUCAAUAAAUAUGCUAAGCUGAGGGAACAUGAGAGAACCCACAGCGGAGAGAAGCCCUAUGAAUGUCAGCUCUGUGGAGAACACUUCACUCGUGCCUCUUCCCUUAGACGACACAAGGGAACCCAGCACAGGAGAGAAAAUCAGUAGGACCCUCAGUAGAUGUUCUGACCUGAGGUGACAUAAUCAAUGCGGAGGUUCCUCCAGGCAUUGUGCUAUGCAGUCCAGACAGGCACUGCCUGUGGAUGUGGAUCCACACGUGUGCUUUCUCUGUGACUAAGCCUUUAGUCAUUAGCCUGACCUCGUGUAACUUAACAGAACUCACUCUACAAACACAAUAUGGGUGUUUCCAGCAACAGCCCCCAACUCUAAAGACCUUAGAGGACAUGAGCAGAGGAUAAGCAACCCCUUCUACUUCUUCAAUAAUUAUUGAUCUAUGUGAACCAACUCCAAGGAGAAAACCACUAAGACUGUGUUAACUGUUGACAACCAUUCAGUUGAGGUGCACAAGAAACCUUGAAAAAAAAUAAACACAAGAACAAAGAUGAAGACUCUUGAAAGAUACCAAAGUAGGUUGAGCAACACCAAGCAUACUUUUAAAUAAUUCAUCCUAGAGAAGUUAUUUCAUGGAAAGGUAUGGGAAAUUCUUUCUCCAUAGAGCAACCCCUCUGGUUCACACAUGCUCAGUCUACAGAACACACUCUCAGGGUCAUGACAGAAGGGAAGACUUCAGGGAUCACUUUCAUUUCUCAGUCAACAUUAAAUUCUCACAUGAGGAUGUAGCAAUCCUAAAACCAAAAGUGAAUCUACAGCUAGAUUUCAUAUCAGAAAAAAAAAAAAAGAUACUGUGUGGGAGGGAGAAUCCUAUAAGAAUCCUGUAACAGUCAGGCAGUUUGUGAUUGGGGGAAAUACCUCUUCAUGAAAAUGUGGUAUCAAAUGGAGAGUGAAGUGACCCAGCGACAUGGAAUGUAGGUUUUUGUAAAGUUAAAGUCUGUCCAAAAAAGUCAUAGUUGAAAAUAUUCAAACAAUAAAGCCUGUGGCUAAAGGA